AUGACUUAUAUCUACAACAACAGGCCAGGGGUGACCUGGAUUACAUUGUUUGAACAUACUACAGAGGGCAGUUUCGAUGACCUCAACUUUGAUCUCAACUUUGCUUGUUACAUCCUGUCCCAUAUGCAUAUUGGUCCAUGCUAUUGGCCAACAGAAGUGCCCAUAUACAACUUAUGGCCUCUAGCUGAUGAACCCUUGGGUUAUAUAGCUAUGAAUGAUCAUGGCGGUCUGCUUGUGGUACCCUCAGAAAGAAAGGAAUAUGACAUCCUGGUACCCAUUUAUGGGCUCACUGCUCAAGAUGAUGGCAAAGCACUUUACAAUACUGAAAUGGUAUCGAGAGUUCACAAAACCAAAUUGAUUUCUGUAUGGACAUGGCCCACUCAUGAAAACUUUGGUGUACAACUAGCACCUUGGCCUUUUGGCCAUUAUCUGGCAGCUACUUUCAACAACAUUGACGACUGCAAUGACAACUUCAACGACAGCACAUACAGUGAAGCAUUUACCGAUUACACUGCAGGAUCUUACUACCCGCAAGGAUUUGGGUCCUACUAUGACUUCAUACCCGGCACCAGUACAAGCUCGCUGGCACUAGCACUGGGACCAGCCCAGCCCAGCCCCAGCCCCAGCCCAGCCAUCGCCAGCACAGUCGAUGGUACCUGCUUCAGUACUGUCAAUGGCAUCAUUGAUGGCAUUGUCAACAGCAUUAUUAAUGGCACAGUCAACGGCACCUUCACCAACACCACCAGAGCCACUUCAUGA